AUGCUUCUCCGUUUGCCGACUAGUCUGCACUAUCCCAUCACCGUCACCUCACUACUGAAACAGGCGGGUGACAAGGUCGAGCGGGAUGAGGCUAUUUUCUGGUAUAGUUAUCAGACCACAGUCGAGGAAGGUGAUGGACUGGGAAACAAGGUGCAGGUGAAGCGCAAGUUUCCGACACGGUUCGAAUCAAACGUCGACGGCGAGAUUUUGGAGUGGAAAAUUUCAAAAGGAGAUGUGAUUGAAGGGCCACUUGAUGUGGUUGAAAUCGAUGAACCAUGUGCGCACGAGGUCCAGUUCGGAGAGCUGUGUGCGGAAUGCGGAAAGGACAUGACCGCAGCCACCUACAAUACCGAAGUAAUGGACUCGAUGCGCGCUCCUAUCAAAAUGACCCACGACAAUACCACACUUACUGUUAGCGAGAAAGAGGCUACUCGGGUGGAGGAAGAUGCGAAACGUCGUCUCUUGGCAUCUCGGCGCCUCUCACUCGUCGUGGAUUUGGAUCAGACCAUCAUCCAUGCCACGGUUGAUCCAACCGUGGGAGAAUGGAAGGAAGACAAAAACAAUCCUAAUCAUGAAGCCCUCAGAGAUGUCAGGCAAUUUCAAUUGAUUGACGAUGGCCCUGGAAUGCGCGGCUGCUGGUACUAUAUCAAGCUACGACCUGGGCUAGAGGACUUUUUGGAGAAAGUUGCCGAGCUGUAUGAACUCCAUAUUUACACCAUGGGUACUCGUGCAUAUGCACAAAAUAUUGCCGAUAUUAUCGACCCUACGCGCAAGCUCUUUGGUGACCGCAUCCUCAGUCGUGAUGAGAGUGGCAGCUUGACCGCCAAAAACCUGCAUCGUCUAUUCCCCGUUGACACUAAGAUGGUCGUCAUUAUUGAUGAUCGUGGUGAUGUCUGGCGGUGGAGUCCCAACCUCAUCAAGGUUUCUCCCUAUGACUUUUUCGUUGGAAUCGGUGAUAUUAAUUCCAGUUUUUUGCCGAAAAAGCAAGAGAUCGGCGCAACAAACAAACUAAUCAAGGCGGCAAAAGAAAAGGAGUCGCAGGACCAUCAUCCCAACGGUACAGCUGCGAAGCCCGAAUCUGAGACGGAAGUCUCUGCAUUGCAACAGCUGGUUACUAUGGGAGGUGGCGACAACCCAAGACUACUGCACGAACAGACCAAUGAGCAAGAAGAGGCAAUCUUGCACCAAGUAGAGGACCGACCACUACUCCAAAAGCAAAAGGAACUGGAAGCUGAAGACGAAGCUUCUCCCGAGAGUAGUGAGACUCCCAGUGUGGAAGAGUCACAAGAGUCCAACAAACAUCGCCAUCAUUUGCUUGAAGACCAUGAUAGAGAGCUUUUCCAGCUCCAAGAUCGACUAGAGCAAGUUCAUCUACAGUUCUUCGAUGAAUAUGACAGGAGGAGAUCCCAUGCUAUUGGAGGCCGCGUGGCAGCUCUUAGAGGGGAGAGAACACUGUCUAAAGAUAGGGAUGUUGAUUUGAAACUUGUUCCUGACAUCAAAGAUAUCAUGCCGAUGUUCAAGCGCGGAGUUCUCGGGGGAGUGGUUCUGGUAUUUUCCGGGGUUCUUCCCCUUGGAACUGAUACCCAAAAUGCCGAUAUUUCGCUGUGGGCUAAGAGCUUCGGUGUGGCUAUCGCAUCUAAGAUUAAUGGUCGUACCACUCACCUUGUUGCCGGGCGCAACCGUACUGCGAAGGUGCGUGAAGCUACUCGAUAUCCGAAUGUCAAGAUUGUCUCAACACAAUGGCUUCUGGACUGCCUAGUUAGCUGGCAGCACUUAGAUGAGGACCCAUACUUACUCCACAUCCACGAUGAUGACCGUGCCGAGCCUCUUUCUCCCAAUUCGCGAGAGCUCGUGGAGAGCUCGUGGAUCUCCUCUUCAGAUGAAGCCACAGGGGCUUCACUUUGGACCGAUGAAGAGGGCAAUGGCAAUGAUCGGGAAAUUUUCCAAUCCGCUGGACUCACAGAGACCUCGCACAUUGGAUAUGACGAAGACGAGCAAGCUGCUGUCCACGACGAACUGAAAGACUUCCUCGGCAGCGACGACGAGAGCGAAAGUGACAAUGAAGUCUUGGGCGACGAAACCAACACCGGCGGGACGAAGCGUAAACGCGGCGACGGUGAUAGCGAAGCAGGCGAUGAAUCAGCUGAAGAUGACGACGAUGAGAACGACCAGAAAGGCUCACGCCUUUCCCAAAGAAUUAAGCGUUCCUAUGAGAGGAGCACGGGAUUGCGGGAAGUCGCGACAGCCUCAAGUUCGGAAUUGGGCGAGACUCGUCCAGAGCAUGUUCGCCCCUCCGGACCCUAUGAGGAUGAGCCUGACGUGGAGAACGUAGGGACCAGUCGCGAUGACGCCGAAGGGCUCCCUGAGAACCCCGACGACGACGAUGACGAGUUUGAGCGCGAGAUGCUCGCCGCAUUUGAAGACGACUUCGACGACAAUGCUGAAGGCGACGAUAUGGCGGAUGAGUAG